UAUCCAAUUAACUCACCUGGUCCACCACCACCGGGGCGAGUGUCGGCGUGGCUGGAGACGUUCCCCGGUGGUUCGUUAGCUGUGGCACCUCGUCAGCGCUCGGGGCCGUCUGGCACCCUCUGCGAGGCGAGGCGCGAGGCCCUCUGCGGGUGCCACUGAUCUCACCCCACGCGUUGAUUCAGCCCCGGUGCUGGCGGAAAACACGCUUAACUGCUGCUGCACGUGACCUGGAGGAGAACACGUUUCUGACUGAGUCAGUUGUCGUGACCUAGGCGGCUCAGACCUUGCGUUUUUCUCACCAUCUGCCUCUCUUUUGUCACACCCCGUGGACAGUAGAAACCCUGGGGUUUCUCCCAAGGUUUUCCCUUUGGAGAGCCGCCUAUCGACCGGUAACCAAAAAUUCCUCUGGCUCCUGGUACAGAGCAAACAGCCACCUGCGGAGGCAGCGACCCACCCCGGCAAGAGGGUGGCGGUGGCUCAGGACUGAAUCUGCUCUUCUCGUUUGAAGGGAGGCCUUUAAUUUCAUUUCUCAGUGGAACUGAGAGCCGCCAGCUCAAGCCCACGUUCAUUUCUCGUGGUUAACAUCAAAGCCUCGGUCCUUUGGCUGGGCUCAGGUGGAUUUUAAGGCAAGAUCCAGCGGUUUGUGCCUGGUGCUGUGUAGGUGUUCGUAAAGAGACCGAGGCUGUGCCAGUUUUGUGCAGUCAGUACAAUUCUUGCAAGAUUUUCAAGUCACUGUUUGCUGCAGUUAAAUUCUCUUCCCUGCCUGCUCCUUUGCCCCACGGUGUGAGCGCUUUGUGCCUCCUGAUCUCUCCACCCACUGCCUCCGGGGCGUGAGGGGGGAGAGUUAAGGUACAGAGGCUGGCACGCGGUUUGGGACGCAAGGUGCUCUUCUCCACAAGAAAUACCGACGCAGGGCAAUCUCUCGUUUCCCUCCUGCCCACAGCUCUGCUCCAGGAGCCCCUUUCCCUCGCCGUUUGCCUGCUGAUGCCCCCGCUGCCCGCCCAGGCGGCGCAAUGAAGAUCGUGGUCGCCAAAGUGCUGUGUCUGCUGGGCAUCUGCGUCCUCAUGCUGGCCGGCUCCCUCCUCCCCGUCAAGAUAAUCGAGGCGGAUUACGAGAAGGCUCAUCGCUCCAAGAAGGUCAUCGCCCUCUGCAAUUCCUUUGGAGGAGGGGUCUUCCUGGCCACCUGCUUCAACGCCUUGCUGCCGGCCGUGAGAGGAAAGCUCGAUGAAGUUCUUAAGCAAGGGAACGUGACCACGGACUACCCUGUGGCUGAGACCAUCAUGAUGGUCGGCUUCUUCGUCACGGUCUUUGUGGAGCAGCUCGUCUUGACCUUCCAGAAGGAAAAGCCCUCCUUCAUAGACCUGGAGACCUUCAACGCCGGUUCGGAUGUCGGGAGCGACUCAGAAUACGAGAGCCCCUUCAUAGCCUCGUCCCGCGGGCGCACGCUGUACGGCGAGCACGGCCAUCACUCCCACGGCCUGAACGUCCAGGAGCUCUCCCGCUCCAGCCCCUUGCGGCUGGUCGGCCUGGUCUUUGCUUUGUGCACGCACUCCAUCUUCGAGGGACUGGCGCUGGGCUUGCAGGAGGAAGGCGGCAAAGUCCUGAGCUUGUUCCUGGGCGUUGCCGUCCACGAGACGCUGGUGGCGGUGGCGCUGGGCAUCAGCAUGGCCAAGGCCUCGCUGCCCAUGAAGGACGCGGCGAAGAUGGCCGUGACGGUGAGCCUGAUGAUCCCCCUGGGCAUUAGCAUCGGGAUGGGGAUCGAGAGCACCCAGAGCGCCGCCAGCAACAUCGCCUCGCUGCUCCUGCAAGGCGUCGCGGGGGGAACUUUCCUCUUCAUCACCUUCUUUGAGAUCCUGGCCAAGGAGCUGGAGGGCAAGAACGAUCGCCUGCUGAAGGUCCUCUUCCUGGUGCUGGGCUACGCCGCGCUGGCGGGGCUGGUCUUCUUCAAGUGGUGAGGACGGGAGCGGUGGGGAGCCAACCUCACCUCCUGCCCCUUGCGGCCGGCCCCGAGACGAGCCUGCCGUCAGCCAGGGGGGGACGCUGGAGCUUGGCAGCCACGUGAAACAUCCCGGCCCAGGAGGUGUUUCGGCACUGACCCGAAGGAGGAGGGUUUUCUCCUCUGCGCUCAGAGGGAGAGGAAAACGAGGAGCGUCCCAGCGUAGGUGUCACGAGGCGCCGUCCCUGCCCCUCGGGUCUGCGGGUGCAGCAGCCUGUGCAGAGAUUACUGGAAACAAACACUGCGAGGCUGGUUCUGAGGCUGCCUUCCCAGAGCUCGUCAGGCACGUCGUUUCCUGUUGAUCUGCACAGCCGGCCCCCUUCCUCCCUCCCCUCACACCCCUUGCAAAAACUCCGGCCGAGCCUCGGCUUCCUUCACACCCAGGCUCUGAGGAGGUGAGAAACCGUAACCGAAAUAAAGUCAGCGGCAGGUGGGAUCGCGGCUCGCACAGCUGCGCUAAGCUGCUUUUGCUAGCUUGGUUUUGAGCAAAA